AUGAAAAUGAAUCUUUCGGAGAAACAACGUGAAGAUAUCAAUCGAGCUAUUGGUGAUUAUUUAAAAUCGUAUGGCUAUUCGGAGACGUUUGCAAAGUUCAAAGAAGAAGCGAGUGUUCCAGACGAGAUCGAUCCGAAGCAUUCGGGACUUCUCGAGAAAAAAUGGACAUCGGUGCUUCGUUUGCAGAAAAAGAUUAACGAUUUGGAGGCGAAAUUGCUCGAAUCUGAGAAAGAGAUCACACAAGGAGCACCGACAAAAGAGAAACGGCAAGCAGCUGAAUGGAUCCCUAGACCGCCCGAGCGUUUCCUUCUCAAUGGACAUCGAUCUCCGGUGAAUCGUGUAAUCUUUCAUCCAAUCUACAGCGUUAUCGCCAGUUGCUCAGAUGAUACAACAAUUAAGAUUUGGGAUUACGAGUCGGGCGAUUUCGAGCGCACGUUGAAAGGGCACACGGAGGCUGUGCAAGACGUGGCUUUCGAUAAAUCGGGAAAGAUUUUGGUUUCUUGUUCGGCUGAUUUAAGUGUGAAGACAUGGGAUUUCUCCGGCACCUACGAGUGUCUUCGAACGAUGCGAGGUCAUGAUCACAAUGUGUCAUCAGUGGCUUUCCUUCCAUCAGGCGAUCACAUUCUUUCCGCAUCUCGUGAUCACACCGUUCGUAUGUGGGAGACAGCGACUGGCUACUGUAUUUUCGUGUUCCGUGGUCACAAUGAGUGGGUUCGAAUGGUGCGUGUCUCGCUUUGUGGCCAUUAUUUCGCCACAGCUAGCAAUGAUCAGUCUCUGAUAGUGUGGUCAGUGGAGAAAAAAGCAACUCGACACGUGCUUCGCGAACACGAUCACGUUGUGGAGUGUGUUGAGUGGGCAUCACCGGCAGCGAUUCCAUUUGUCACUGGAGCUACGAAAAAAAUAGCCUCAAACGAUAAAAAUGAUGAGAUGACAUUGUCUCUUUUGGCCUCAGGCUCGCGAGAUAAAACGAUCAAGCUUUGGGAUGCGAUCAAUGGGAUUUGUUUGUAUACUUUUAUUGGACACGACAACUGGAUUCGAGGGCUUAGAUUCCAUCCGGGUGGAAAAUUCCUGGCCUCAGUUUCUGAUGAUAAAACAUUGCGUAUGUGGGAUCUUGUUGAUAAAAGGUGCAUGAAAUCGUUUGAUGCACAUCCACAUUUUGUUUCAUCACUUGAUUUUCAUCAAUCAGCUCCUUACGUGGUGACAUCAAGUGUCGAUAUGGCGGUGAAAGUAUGGGAAUGUCGG